AUCCUUAUGAAAAAUGCACAAGUAGAAUUUAGAAUAAAUUCAGUUAAUAGAGGUGAGGCUAAGUCGCUAUUAGACAAAGUUCUUUCACUUUUAGAUAAAAAAGUAUGUGGAAGUUUAAAAAUGACUGAAAACUUUGAAAGUAAGGAUUUGAUAGAAUAUCUAGAUAUGGCCGAUAAAAUCAAUAAUGCUAGAGUAAUCACGGGAACAGAAAAAUAUCCUGGAGAGAUGAUCAGGAUGAUUAAUAAAAUU